AAAUACUACCCGCCGGACUUCGACCCGGCCAAGAUCCCGAAGCUCAAGCUCCCGAAGGACCGGCAGUAUGUGGUGCGGCUCAUGGCUCCCUUCAACAUGCGCUGCAAGACCUGUGGUGAAUACAUCUACAAGGGGAAGAAGUUCAAUGCCCGGAAGGAGACGGUUCAGAACGAGGUGUACCUGGGGCUCCCCAUCUUCCGCUUCUACAUCAAGUGCACACGCUGCCUGGCAGAGAUCACCUUCAAGACAGACCCUGAGAACACAGACUACACCAUGGAGCACGGCGCCACGCGCAACUUCCAGGCUGAGAAGCUCCUGGAGGAAGAGGAGAAAAGAAUGCAGAAGGAGAGGGAAGAGGAAGAACUCAACAACCCCAUGAAGGUCCUGGAAAACCGAACCAAGGACUCCAAGCUGGAGAUGGAGGUUCUGGAGAACCUGCAAGAGCUGAAGGAACUCAACCAGCGCCAGGCAAACGUGGACUUUGAGGCCAUGCUGAAGCAGUACAAGGAGUACGAGGAGGAGCAGAAGCGCAAGGAGCAAGAGGAGGAUGAGCAGGAGAUGAAAGCCAUGCUGGAGCAGGCCCAGAACCGGCGCCUGCUGCUGGACUCCGACUCUGACGAGGAGCCACCGAGAGCCCACCCGAAACCCACAGCCCAGGCAAGACCCACAGACAUCCUGAGAGAG